AGCUGCAGUGACCCUCGUUAUUGUGGCCUCGAAUCUUCCACAUCUUUCAAAGUCACUCACAGAAAUUAGUUUCCCUUUGCUAGCUGCCCUGCCAAGGGAUCGAAUUAGGUGGAGUCUUGACGUAAGAAAAACCAGGAUACAUGGGGCAGUCGUACUUGAUCUCGGAGUACGACCUGGGAGGAGAAGGGGACCUGUUCAAGGCUCCGGAGGCCAUCAUCGAGGAACCACCGCUGCUUGGCCUCGACCACACGUUCUCGAUGAUGCCUGGCUCUGGCGACGAGAACGACGACAUCAACGUGGGUCUGAUCAAGGUGCUGUACGAGUGCGAGAAGGAGCUCAUGGAGAUGUCGCUGCUGGACGUGGACAUCUCUACGCUGCAGGUUCAGGAGGAGGUCCCAGCCGGAGAGCUGCACAAGAGCGUCAGCUCCUGGUGCCUCAACUCGACGGACUGGAUGACCGGGACACGUCAUCGGUGAGCGUGAGACCCAACUUGCAAGG